AUGCUGUCGGGCCACUCGUCGUCUAGUUUGUCUGCCUUGAGAGUGGAACAUUUGUUGCGACAUCAGGCGGUCGCGUUACUGUCCUGUGCGCUACUGAGUAUAUCAGAGGAAAGGCGACGUGGGUGGCUGGUGUCGCUUGAUAGGGUUCAGCACCCAAACAGACAUGUUGGAAGUGGCUGCCCGUUUGUGGGAUGUGCACACAAGCAAAUCUGGCGCGAAUGGGACCUGAUGGAUGGUUACGAAGAUCGUGAAAAUGUUGGCGUCGCUGUGCUGGACAUACUCUGGGGCGCGAAGGCCUUGGUGGUGGACGAAGACGGAGAGUUGCGUCAGCGACGAGGCAAGCUGGAUGUCGCAGACGUGGUGUAUUUGAGCUGGAGAUAUGGUUGGGAGAGAUCCGCAGGAGGAGUGGACAUCUGUUCUUGGUCAGAGUGUUUUCCUGCAGCUCACUAUCAGAACAAGAAGUACGUGCAAUUUGCGUGGAUGCUGGUCACACAACUACUUCAUCCGCGCAACACACCUUCGUUACAAGCUCUUCGCGCCCGUCACAGCCCAGCGCUUGCGCGAGAACUGCGUGCUGCCAGGAGUGGUAUUUCGCCGGUGGUGGUACAGUUGGAACUGGAUAUACGGCAAUGGCAGGAAGAACAGCACUGCGCUCGACUACCGACUGCCGACGAAGACAGCGUCCUGCAUAGGCGCAUCGCGAACUACUGCAACAAGGAGAAGAGCGCGCGUUGUCGCUUGAUGCGAGCUGCAUAUCCUGCCGAUGUGGAGAAUAUUCAGGAAUUGAAGUUGGAUUGUUUGGAGGCCUCGGAUGACGGUGAUGGGUGUGUGAAGUGGAGAUCGGACGUAGAGAGGCAAAUGAUGCAGUCCAUUCCUGGGCGGCCUGAAGGUGAUGUGGUGAUGUUUCGUGCCACUGGACGCAGUACUGUUUUCUGGUGUACUGUCGACGUGGAUAUGGAUGGCGAGACAGCCAUGGUUGCGGAAAGGCCACACACCCAGACGGCCAAAGAAGUCUUUGCGCUGUUGGCCAAUGUAAACCUGAAGUUUGAGACCAAGUUGCGCAGAGCGGCACAGAUGUUGGCCUGCACACCCACCUUUACUGGAGUCGGUGGAGCGUUGUCGCGUUUAGUGUUUUACUCUCAGGAGGAGGAUAACGUGGAGAAACCGUUACAGCGGUUUCAGUGUCGUUUGCGCGACGUCGGCGCUACUGGAGAAAGAGCCUUCUUGGAUCAUGUUAUGGAGAAGCACAGCGGUGGCGUCACGAGCUUCGCCACACAGCGUCGCUUGAUGGAGAACGCAGAUGAGAGGCUCAGACAACCGGAUCAAGGAGGCCGCUUCGAGACGGGCUGCGUGGUAUGCCCGCGUAGCCUUUGGCGAGAGCAGCUGAAGAUGUUGAUUUUGUUCCAAGAUCCUACGGGCAACUCCGAGCUGGGGGAGAGUGCAGUGGAGGCAAUUACGCCUGGACAACAGGAGCGCUUACGUCGACUUCUCGGGGUGGAGACAUACAGUCGACGCUGGCCCCACAUUCCGGCGACGGAAUUGCGCGCGUCUGCUGUGGAGCAUCCGUAUUGCACGGGGGGGCACCUGCUGUUGGUCGGUAUGGAGGGUCACCGGAGUCAGGCCACGAAGGUUGAAGAGCACGGCGUCGAUUUGGAUUGGGCGGUGGAGAUGCCGCAGUUGCCGAGCGCGGCGUCGAUGCGGCGCAUUGUCGCUCGCGACCCCGUGGCCCAAGCCCGCUGUUUUGCUUUCAUGAUGGACAUCUUUUGUGAAGAAGUUCUGGGCAUUCUUCCUCCCUUGAGAAAAGGAAGUUAUCGUGUGGGUGCGCCGGCCCGCCGGCUACCUUCGAAGAUGGCUGUUCAACGUUAUCAAUACGAUUCUCAACUGGCACUGUCGCAGCAACUCCAUUGUCCGACGGAGCCCCUACCGCUGAGUGAACGCCAGCGAUCGGAGUGCGGCCAUCAAUAUGAGACCAUCGCCUUGGUUCCCACAGAACCAGAUGGACAUGAAGUGGAAGCGUUGAAAGGAGGUGGAUCUCUGGCCGCCAAGCUUUUGACGUUGACGGGCUGUUAUGCAUCCUUGCGACCGAAGUAUCUGCGACGCAGUGAGCGUGCGGUGGGAGAUGCUGGAAUGUCCAACCCGGUCGCACAAACGGUGAUGCGAUGCAAUGUGGACGUGAAGUACAUCGGCCGCACCUUCGCAGAGGCUGACCUCUUGACAUUCUGCGAUGGCACGGUGCACGAGGAGCUGGGACUUGAAGUUCCUGUUUCUGCAUCUUCUCCGUCGGGACUGUCCGGGAGUGGAUUGCAGGAGAUGGAACUUCAGGGCCCGGCUCCAAGUUCUACCGCUCGCACAGCGCAGGCUGCGACAGAGACCCCGAGCAGUACAGUCGCUGGAUCGAGCUCCGACCUGCCACACGUGGAGCAAGCCCUUGCUACUGGGUUGGAUGGCGGAGAGUCGUUGCCGAAGAAAGGACGCACCGCCCGUGCAUUGGACACUGAGCCGACAAAGAUGCGGGCCAUGAGAAAGGCGCUGCAACGCAUUCUGGUGGAUCUUUCAAGGGACGUGCAAGAUGUUGGCUUUUACACUGGUGAAUAUGCUUUGAAGAAAUUUCAAAUUUCGCGGAGCAUGCUGCCUGAAUUGCAGGAGGACAUGGAGAAUGUCUUGCAGCAGAAACCGCAUUUGAAGAGCGCUCCUUUGGACGUGGUUGAAGAUCCUGAAGGACAGGGACCAGUGGCUGUGGAUGAGAUUGCUGAUGUUAUGGAGGAGGAAGGUGAAGCACGCGCCGUCCACCAGGAGGUGAGAGCAGCAGAUGACAACGUAGUGGUACCGGCGAACUUGCAUCUAAUAGCUGAUGUGGAAGUGCAAAAAUAUGCUGCUCACAUGUUGGGACUGUCGUCUUAUCCUUUUCCGACCUGCGCUGGGGAUUGUCGUCUAUCACAUCGAUGCUUUGCUUGCCACACCAUGGUGGAGGAUGACAAGGAAGGCGUGCUCCGCGCGCGCUUCUCAACGCACUGGACGCGGUGGAAGGCUCACAUGUCGCUGUGGAGAGGCUCGGCGGAGGAAAGAGUCUUGGCGGGCUUGUCGGCGCCAGUGAUUAGAGAUGUUGCAGGGGUGCGUCCAUACUUGAUGGCCGCCAAGGAUGCCAAUGUUGCUUUUCGGUACCUGGAGCAGAUGUUCUUCAGAGCGGCAGGAGUGGAUUAUCGCUUUCAUGAUGUACUGCGCAUCUGCGAGCGCGUGGGCUGGUACGCGGAGUUGUCGGCGCCGUCUUGGUUGGAACGCUUCGAGCAGCACCACGCUGCUCGUCGUUUGAGUAGCAGUCGUCGCAGAGCAGAGCGCUUCGCGCUUAUGACUUCUUUGGACAAGGUGGAGGAUCUGGAAGACGACACAGCACCCCCGGACAUAGAAGGAGAUGACGUCGAAGACGAUUUGUGUCUGCGUGAGGAGCUGGAGAACUUGGAAUGUGCACAGUGGCCGGUUGAUGGGAACUCUCUGCACGAGGCAAUGUUUCGAGAAGAGGAAUGGAUGAAGGUUCUGGGUGUUCCAGAUGCGAGAACUGAUUUGGGCAUCAAGAACAGUGCGAUUUCUGGGCUGGAUCGCAACUGGACAUCUGCUGAAGCUCAGCAAUUCUUGAUGCUGCAAAAACAGUAUUUGGAAUUCUGUGUGGGAGGCACUGGAGAUGAUGAUGAUGAUGAUGAGAUGGCAGUGGACCAUGGGUUUCAGCCUUUGCAGGAGAUGGAAGAUGCGUUUUUGGCGAAGCUGAACGAAAAGAACAUGGGUCCAUCUGAUUAUGCGGCUGCCUUGCUGGUGGAACACAGCUUGAAUCGUCAACAGAUUUUAAAAAUUUGGCGAUCGCUCCCAUUGCUUGGGUUAUGGAGCAGAUGUGGGUGA